ACAGAUAUGAAAGUAUAUAGUUAUACAUUUAAACGCAUCUUGGAUAGUAUACCGGGUAAGAAACGCUUUGGGGUCUAUCGUUUUCUGCCAGUAUUCUUUUGUUUGGGUGCUGCCCUUGAGUAUUCUAUGAUCAACUGGACCGUGGGAGAAACAAAUUUCUAUCGCACAUUUAAACGACGUCAAGCUAAGAAUUACGUUGAAGAACAAUUACAUCAAACGGAAGCUGAGAAAUCCGAAACGGCAACACAGUAA